CGUCAUCAGAACAGGAGCGAGGUAGACAUGAGACAUUUAGCACAGAAAUGUUCAGGAGGCACAUACCGUUUUAUGCUACACACAGAUAACAACACACCACUACCGGACCCAGUUUAUAGCCUUCUCGUUCACCGGUGGAGUCUCCACCGAGCGAUCCGUCCAUGCGAAGCCUAGUCUUGCUUCUAGUUCCGUGUGUUGUCGCGGUAGUGGUGCACUUCUGGUUGUGGACAAACAGAGCGACCAUCACGUUGGAGACAGACUCUGAUGAGGACUCGGCAGCAUCUCCCUGUGGUGAGGUGCUGGUGGGGGUGUUGUCUUCCAGACAUCACUAUGAUCUCAGACAGGCUAUAAGACAGACGUGGUUGGGAUACCUCCGGGACCAUACACACUACCGACACAGGGUGCAGGUGAAGUUUAUCAUUGGGAAACAUGGCUGUCCCAUUCCAGAGGAGGACAGAGAGGAUCCCUACUCAUGUUCCCUCUUGAACCUCACAGACCCAGCUCCAGGGCAGGAUAAGGAGAUGGAGCUGGUGGAGGUGUCUGACUCGUCUGCCCUUGUACCUGGGGAGGUCUCCUCUGUGGCCCUGGACUUCAAGGUCCUCCACCCCCUAGUCAUCACCAGGUUGGGGGUGUUCCCCACUGGACCUCACAUGGAGAUAGAGGGCAAUGUCACCGUCAGGCUGCUGCAGCUGGAACAACAGGAGGCAGUGGUGAAAGCCUGCUUCAGCCCGGUCAGUCCUGGGACAAGUCUGAACGGUGUGUGGUACAAACCAGUGGAGUGGUUCAUUCUGCCCAAGGGCUUUGAGGGGACUCUGGUCUGGGAGAGUCCUGACUUAGCUGGUCUGACUACGGUCAACACAUCCCGGGUGAAGCUGAACAGCGGGGGAGGAGUCCUCAAGCUCUCCUCUAUUGAUGAGGGGACGUUGCCUCACAGGAGUGCUCUGGGCUUCCCAGGGUUAGCUGGAGGGUUCAUCUUCAAAAUCCACGACAUGGCUUCUCUGUGGGAGAUGCUACAUGGUCGACAGGGGCGGAUCCAGAGUCAUGGCACCAGACUGCAGAUGGAGGACAGGUCUCUGGAGCAGGAGGGUCUGCGAUAUGGAGACAUAGUGUUUGUGGAUGUAGUAGAUACAUACAGGAACGUGCCUUCUAAACUACUGCAGUUCUACAAGUGGUCGGUGGGAAACGCUGCGUUUCAUUUGCUCCUUAAGACGGAUGAUGAUUGUUAUAUUGACGUGGACAAGGUUUUAAUGAAGAUCGACCACGAGGGCCUGAAGAGACGCAACUUCUGGUGGGGGAAUUUCCGUCAGAGCUGGGCGGUGGACCGCAUUGGGAAGUGGCAGGAGCUAGAAUACGCCAGUCCAGCCUACCCGGCCUUUGCCUGCGGCUCGGGGUACGUGGCCUCCAGGGACCUCGUCCAAUGGCUGGCUAGCAAUGCAGAGCAACUCAAGGCCUACCAGGGGGAAGAUGUGAGCAUGGGGAUCUGGAUGGCUGCUGUUGGACCACAGAAAUACCAGGAUGCAGGCUGGCUGUGUGAGAAGGAGUGCUACCAGGACAUGCUGUCAUCCCCCCAACAUUCCCCCGAGGAGCUCCGUUCGCUCUGGGCUAGAAAGAGGGCCUGCGGGGACCCCUGUGGAUGUCCCUGGGGACACAGCUAAUGUUAGCUAAGAGUCUGGGAAGGUAGUUGGCUAAGAGUCUGGGAAGGUAGUUGGCUAAGAGUCUGGGAAGGUAGUUGGCUAAGAGUCUGGGAAGGUAGUUGGCUAAGAGUCUGGGAAGGUAGUUGGCUAAGAGUCUGGGAAGGUAGUUGGCUAAGAGUCUGGGAAGGUAGUUGGCUAAGAGUCUGGGAAGGUAGUUGGCUAAGAGUCUGCAAACAAGAGCCAUGUUGAACACAACUCUAGGUAUCAUCGUCUCAGUAGGAUUGCUGAUCUAGGAACAGGCCCCUCCUGUCCAUGUUAACUUAUUAAUUAUGAUCCAAAAUGAUAAACUGAUCCUAGACCAUCACUCUGAGACGCUUGACACAUACAGCCCUAGGUCUCUACAGUGUACAAAACAUUAGGAACACCUUCCUAAUAUGGAGUUGCACCCAUUCAAAGGAACUUAAAUCUUUUGUCUUGCCCAUUCACCCUCUGAAUGGCAUACAUACACAAUCCAUGUCCCAAAUAUCUCAAGGCUUAAAAAUCCUUCUUAAACCUGUCGCCUCUCCUUCAUCUACACUGAUUUGAAGUGGAUUUAACAGGUGACAUCAUAGCUUUCACCUGGUCAGUCUAUGUCAAGGUAAGAGCAGGUGUUCCUAAUGUUUUGUACGCUGAGGACUUGAGUGAUUGACAGGGACAAUGGAUACUGGUUUCUGAAAAGUGACAUUUCCUGUCAAAGGGCAAGAUGCCGGCGUAACCAAAUGUAAAAUGCUGAAUCAUGUGGUAGAGACAUGGAUGACCAUGUUAAGGUUGAUUCUGCUGGUGUUAUUUAGUAAAUUAUUCUCCCAAACUACUCAUCAUCAAGCCUCAUCAGUAUUUGUAGAUUUCAAACCAACACCGAGUUUGUUCCAUCUAGUGCACUAGUUUAGACCAGAGCCCCCUAUAUUACCAUCUAGUGCACUAGUUUAGACCAGAGCCCCCUAUAUUACCAUCUAGUGCACUAGUUUAGACCAGAGCCCCCUAUAUUACCAUCUAGUGCACUAGUUUAGACCAGAGCCCCCUAUAUUACCAUCUAGUGCACUAGUUUAGACCAGAGCCCCUCAUAUUACCAUCUAGUGCACUAGUUUAGAUGUAUUUGGGACACGGUCAGGGUUUGUGAAACGAUGUACAGUACUAUACCAACCCAUUGGUGGCACCACAUACAUAUAAACGACUGUAAUCCAAAGAAAGGUUUUUUAUCUAAACCAUUUAUUCACCUGAUAAUGAUACUAAAUGAAUUUGUUCAACACAUUUUUUGUAGAUAUGUGGAAGACCUCUAGAUGAAUGUAAUGCGCAGUCCCAAAUGGCACCCCAUUACCUAGCUAGUGCACUACUUUUGGCCAGAGCCCUACUGAAGAGGGAAUAGGGUCCCAUUUGGGACGGUGAUGCAGGAAGCACGUGAUCAAUUGAGCACAUUCUAGAUUGGUCAAUAAAAAAAAAAUCACCUCGCAGAAA